GCGAUGAUCUAGCCAUAAAUCUUUCCGUUGACUCUCGCGAUUCCAAACACGAUGGCUUGGAAUUGGAGCUCAUACUUCGAUCCAUUCCGUUAAUUAAUCCAGAAAUACUCCAUUAGGCACUUCAUCAUUCUCCAUUUUUGUUUGCUCCUACAAGAAUAAUCAGUAGUGUUGUGAUCGCAUCAUCAAUUCAUUAUUCAUCAUACAGCAAUGGCAGCUGCAGAAGUAGAACACAGCGGCAGCUCCCUCCCCAAGAAGCUCGUCACUUUUGCUCUCUGCGCCAUCUUCACCUUGUCCCUCAUCUACUUCUCCUCCCCUCCUCUCAUCAUCUCCUCCACCACCAAUCUUCUCUCCCAAUUCCAAACACGCGCACGAGCUAGAACCACCGAUUUUUCUACUCAUCUCCCAGGGGUAGCUGUUUGGAAGCAAUGCGACUACAGUGAUGGGAAGUGGGUGUGGGACGGCGACCAUGGCGGCGCCGCCGCCGGCGGCGGCUCGAGGUACGACAGCGAGAACUGCGACAUGAAGAUGACGUACAAGUGCGUCAUCAACGGCAAGCCGGACGGCGGCUACCUUCACUGGCGGUGGCAGCCGGCGUCGUGCAACCUCCCGGCGCUCGACCCGGCGGCGUUCUUGCGGCUCCUCCGGGGCAAGCGGCUGGCGUUCGUCGGCGACUCGACGGCGCGGAACCAGGCGGAGGCCCUCGUGUGCCACCUCGCCACGGCGGCGCGGCCGGUGACAGUGCGGCGCGACGAGGAGCGGCUGGGGCGCAAGUCUGGCGGUGGGCGUUCCCGUCGCCGCACGACGUGAACGUGUCCACGUACUGGUCGCCGUUCCUGGUGCGGUCGGAGGGGCACUCGGAGGACUACGGCAUGGCGCACGAGGUCGUCGUCCUCGACGCGCUCACCGAGCCGUGGGCGUCCGACCUCGCCGCCAUGGACGUGAUGGUGAUCUCCGCGGGGCACUGGUUCCCCCACAGCGCCGUCUACUACGACGACGGCGAGAUCGUCGGCGUGCACGGCCGGCCGGACAUGAACCGCACCGAGAUGAGCGCCCCGUCCGUGUACCGCAAGGUGUUGCGCCGGACGCUGGAGCACGUGAUCAACGCCACCAUGGCGGACAAGCUCGAGCUCGUCGUGGUGGAGACGAUCGCGCCGGCGCACUUCGACGGCAGGUACAGCUGGAACCACCGCGACGCGUGCUCGCGCCAGAGGCCGUACGACGGCGACGUCGACGGGGAGGCGAAGGUGGGGGACACCGAGGCCGAGCUAAGGAAGGCCGUGCUGGAGGAGGUGGCGGCGGCGGCCACGGCGGCGAGGCGGCGCUGCCCUGGGCUGCGGUUCGAGGUGCUCGACGUGACGAGGCUGGCCGCCAUGCGGCCCGACGCGCACCCGGGCGUGUACAUCUACAAGAACGCCUACGGCGGCGGCCCGGUGCCGGAGACGGCGGCGAACGACUGCCUGCACUGGUGCGCGCCGGGGCCGGUCGACACGUUCAACGACAUCCUGAUGCAGAUGAUCGCCGGCGGCUAGCUGGCCGCCGCCGCCCGCCGUCGUCGAGCUCGAUCCGGCACGUGCGGCGCGGUGUGUCGCCGCACGCCGCGUUGCAUGGUCUCUGCGUCUGCGUGGAUGGUGGAUCAGAUCACGAGAAUCCGAAGCUGUCGGUUUUGUUCUGACUGGUUCUUGAAUCCUGACAAUUGACUUUGGUAUGCGUUUUUUAUAAGCACUUUUUCAGUUCCAUAAAAAAUAUUUCUUCAAAUACGUAUUACUAGAGAUAUAUAAGAAUAUGUCUAUAUUCAAUAUGAGAUUAAUUUUUGAUGGGACGAGAUUGAUUUUUGUUAGAUGGAGGGAAUGUUCUUCUGCCAAUGGGAUUCAGAAUCGCAGUUUGCAGAUGCAACGUGUGCUGACUUCAAUCUCGAUGCCAUUGAUUGGCACAGUGUACAAUGGUCUAUUUCACCUUGAAUAUAAGCAUUUUUAUAUUAUUUAGCAGUUAAGGAAAAAAA